AUGUUGAAUACAUCAGUAUGUAUAGACAUUACCUACCAUGUGAAAGAGGGUCAGAAUCCUGAUACCCUGGUAGGAAACAUAGCUUCUGAUGCACAUCUCUACAACAGCUUUCAUGCUGAAGAAUUAAAUAGGAUUACAUUCAGCAGACUCCAUGAGAGUCUCAGUGGAAAUGCUCCAAUGUUUAAGGUUGGCAAAAAUGGAAUGAUGUAUACCUCUCAAAUGCUUGACGCUGAGUCACUUUGUAAAUACCACACAGAAUGUUUCAAAAUAGUGGAAGUAGCUGUUCGGCAUAAAGAAUCUUUUGUGAAGGUCAUUGAAGUAAAAGUUAUUAUUGAUGAUGUUAAUGAUCACCAGCCAGAAUUUCCAGUUAAAACAGUUGACAUGCAAUUCUCGGAGAGAGAUGGAAAAGGUACGAAGAUAACACUUCCAAGUGCUACAGAUAAAGAUGUUGGUUUUCUAAAUUCUCAAAUUACAUAUCAUCUAGAAAAUAAUGUCAAUGAUCCGUUUAUAUUGUUAGUUAAGAAAAAAAUUGAUGGCACCUCUAAACUUGAUAUCAUUUUACAAAGGAAACUUGACCGAGAAAUAAAUUCCACUUAUACACUUCAAGUGAUUGCUAAAGAUGAUGGUACUCCAUCACACCAGGGUAUUUUAACCAUUCAUGUAUCUGUCACUGAUGAGAAUGACAAUCAACCAGUUUUCUCCAAAAACGUUUAUAAUGUCUCCAUUAACAACAGACAAGACAUAUACACACCAAUUGUUACAGUAUAUGCUACAGAUUUAGAUUCGGGUGAAAAUGGAAAAAGAAAAACAUACAAAUUAUUUAUUGAAGCCAUUGAUAAAGGAAGUAUACCCUUGAGCUCUACUGCAAUGGUUCUUGUGAACAUAAUAAACAGACAAAAUAAUGCUCCAAGUCUUGAUGUCAAGUUUGUCUCUGAGCCAAUAGGCAAUAUAACAACAAUUUCUGAAGGUGUCAAAACCAAUAGUUUUAUUGCUUAUGUGAAAGUAAGUGACAAUGAUGUCAAUCAAAAUGGAGAAGUGGUAUGUGAUCUCAACCAUGAUAAACUACAGCUUCAAAAGCUUGGAAGAAAAAAAUACAAAGUUGUUUUAAAAAACCCUGUAGACAGGGAAUCAGAGAGCUAUAUUGAUUUUAUGAUUAGUUGUCAGGACAAAGGAUCGCCACCUCUCAGAACUGAAAGAAAGUUCAAUAUUCAAGUGACUGAUGUCAAUGAUGUACAGCCACAAUUCACAAAAGAUACAUUCAAAUUUCUCACAUAUGAAAACGAGAAAUCAAAUUUUCCAGUUGGUUUUAUUAAUGCCUCAGACCCAGACUUAGGAGCUGGAGGUCAACUUUCAUAUUUUCUCUUAAGUAAAGGAAUUCAUGAUCUUCCUUUUGUUAUUUCGAAUUUUGGAUUUAUUUCAACUUCAGAGCCACUUGAUCAUGAAAAAAUGGAUAUUUAUAAAUUUCAAGUUUUAAUAAAAGACAAUGGAAUACCAUCUCUCAACAAUACAGCAAAUGUCAUAGUGGAGGUAAUGGAUAAAAAUGACAAUGCUCCCUAUUUUACCUUUCCAAGUGUUGACCCAUUCAGUCUAGAUGUUCACUACCAACCUCAAAGUAACAACGAGGUGACAGUAUUGAGAGCUUCUGACAGAGACAGUCAUGUCAAUGCUUUCCUUAGAUAUGAAAUAAUUGGUGGCAAUAACAAAGAAUUAUUCACAGUAAAUCAUUACACAGGAGUAUUGUCGUUCUCUCGCACGGUUUACCAAAACGAUGCUGGAUCAUACAACUUGAAGCUUAGCGUAAAGGACAGUGGUAGUCCGAUUCUAUCUGCCACAACAACACUGUCUUUGAUAUUGACUGUUAGCAACAACACAGCCAAAAUGUUUACAUCUGUUGAUAAAAAGUCUGACCACAAGAUACAUAUCAAUCUAGUAGUUAUCAUUGUUGUAGCAGCUGUGAUUAUAUCAGUUGCAAUUGUGAUUUCUAUGGCAGUAUGUAUGAUUCAUAAAAACAACCAAAGGAACAUCAGAUGCAAUGAAGCUAUAAAUGACCCAAACAAAUAUUUUGACGAAAGAAAUCCGUAUGAUGUUCCUGUAGCAAUGGUUACAGACCAUGGUGGCCAUAGACAUUCUCAAACAACAUUACAGAAAUCUCAACCACAAUCCGAAUACAAGUCAGUUCAUAGCCUGAAAGGAGCAUCUUCUAUAAAACAGUCAUAUAACAUGGCUCAACGAUCACAUCAGCCUUCAGGAGUCAAUGAUGACAUCUUGUAUUGGUAAAGAAAAAGAACAUAUGUUUAUGGUUCCUGACCAAUUCAGUGAACAAAUAUCGAUAGCUUCCAAUGUUGAAAAUGGGCAUGGUUGGAUUGAAUCAGAUACUGUACUCUAUGAAACAU